UUAACUUUAUCGUUAAUUGAUGACUAAUAGCAAUGUUCAAAGAAAUACUAUUUUUUUUUAUCGAGAAUUGUUAAAAGACACUUGGUGCCUAGCACUCUACUCAAUAUUAUACAGUUAUUGAUGUAAUUAAGUAUCGGGUUACAUAUAGCUUAAAAAAUAUAUUUUAGAGGAUACCGUUAACCAAUUGUGAGACGUCAAAAAGUGCUAGACACUAUGAUUGUCCAAAGUAUUUUACUUUUUACCCAAAUUUUGUAACUACUUUUUACCCAAGUUUCGUAACUCCAUAUUAAAUUAUAUUUAUGGCAAUAUUAUAAAUGAAAUUGUCAAUAUCUCAAUAUUAAAUUAUAAUGUAACUGGCCACAUGAGCUGGCCUACGUCCGUUUUAUAUUAUCUUCUUAAAACAAUUAGAUUCCAUAGUCAACUUGUAUAAUACAGCUUGUCAUAAUUAAUUACUAUUCCAUGCAGAGUCAUCAAAUAGUAGUUAAUUAUCACAUACUCUCUCUCAAUCUACAUAAACAUAUGUAUAGUGACUAGAAAAAAUAUCAUAAUUAAUUUCUAUUCCAUUCAAUUAAGAAAAAAAUGUUGAGUAGUAAUAGAACUUGUUGUAUUCUAGAUUAUGAAGAAAGAGCAAAAGAAGUAGAAGAAUUCACUAAAACAAAAUUAGGAGUGAAAGGUCUUGUUGAUUCCGGAAUUCAAAAAAUUCCCAAAUUCUUCAUCUUUUCUCAAGACUUUUUAAACAACUCACCAACCAAAUCAACUGUUAACGAUCUUAAGGUGCCAGUGAUUGACCUUGGAGCCAUAUUUGGUGGUGGGGGCCGCCCCCGAGCCGAGCUUGUAAAUCAAAUAAGAGUAGCCGCCGAAACAUGGGGUUUUUUCCAAAUGGUGAAUCAUGGGGUUCCUAAAAAAGUUAUGGAUGAUUUGAUGAUGAGUACUAGAAAAUUUCAUGAACAAAAUAAGGAAGAGAAGAUGAAGUGGUAUUCUCAAGAUGUGAGCAAGUUAAUUAGGUUUUAUAGCUAUGGAUACCUUCACAACAUUUCAGCUCCUGCCAAUUGGAGAGAUUCACUUGCUUGUAAUUUUCAGGAUAGUGAUUUACAACAACAGAUACUCCCUCAACUUUGCAGGGAUGAGAUAAUAGAGUACACAAAGUGUGUUGAGGAAUUGAAAGAGAAGAUUUGUGAAUUGCUAUCAGAGGCAUUAGGGCUAAGAAGUGAAUAUCUAAGUGAGAUGGAAUGCAUGAAAUGUAGGUCCUUAUUCUCACAUUACUACCCAAUAUGUCCACAACCUCAACUCACUUUGGGUACCACAAACCACUCAGAUCCAUAUUUCCUUACCAUAUUGUUACAAGACAAUGUUGGUGGUCUCCAAUUUCUUCACAAUAAUCAUUGGCUUGAUGUUCCUCAUUUAGAUGGUGCUCUACUUGCCAAUAUUGGCGACUUAAUGCAGAUAAUAACGAAUGGGAGAUUCAAGAGCGUGGAGCAUAGGGUGUUGGCAGCUGGGGGAGGUGGGCCUGAGAAUGGGCCUAGGACUGGGCCUAGAAUAUCAGCAGCUUGCUUUUUUUAUCCAAGCAUUCCCAAUAUUGCGAAACCUUACGGCCCAAUUAAAGAGCUUCUCUCUCACACCAACCCACCACUUUACAAAGAGGUCCACUUUAAGGAAUAUACAACUCUUUAUGUCUCAAAGGGACUAGAUGGUACCUCAGCUAUUCCUCACUUUCAACUAUAAAUAUAAUAAUACAUUUCUAUUCUAUUAACAUUUAUACUACUAUAUAUAAUUACAAGUAAGAUGUUGUUUUGGGGUAUUUUCGGUAUUUAAAGAAAUUAUAAUCAAUUUUGAUUA